AUGAGCGGGCGAGUACUCGCUGCAGGGCUGCGGCCUCUUCCACGCCGACCUGCGGUUCUUCCCGUCAGGCAUCUGCAUCGUCAAUCUACAGGUGGCCUCCUUCAAGCCGAUUCUGCGAUUCGAGCGACACGGAAACGAAUGUGGCAAGGUGGGAACGCCUUCCACAAUGCUGUCACUACAAGAAAUGCCUCUUUUGCCAGGUUUUUACCUAAACUUAUGGUCAAGUUUCUGAGGGUUCCGGCAAUGUUUGGCGGUGUGGCCAUCGGUGCCUUUGCCUGGGUACAAUAUCAAGCAGCUCAGGCUGGUACAUUCGCAGUCAAUCUAUUCAACUCUACGACAGAUACAGUUUCGAGUGCCGCUUCGACCCUAUUUGGCGGUGCCAAGGAUAUAGCUGAUCAAGUAAAUCGAGGAUGGGAAUCCACGAAAGAGAAAGCCGAAUUGCCCGACUGGGUCAAACAAAUUUUAAAACUUCAAGAGGACAUUGGUACCGGUGGUUCGGGAGGGCCAGGCGGCAAUGGUGGUGAGCCGAAACAGAGCAAGUUUGGUGCCGCAGCUGCUGUGGGUGCUUCAGCUGCUGCUUAUGGCUACGAUCAGUCGGACGAAGAGGAUCCUCGGAAUGUCCACCAGGCCGCUAAAGACGAUCAGAUGAUGCUCCUCACCAAGAAGAUGAUCGAGAUUCGAACCAUUCUCCAGAAAGUUGGACAGUCAAGCACCUUGACACUUCCUUCCAUCGUGGUCAUUGGAUCCCAGUCCUCCGGAAAGAGUUCCGUUUUGGAGGCAAUUGUUGGUCAUGAAUUCCUUCCAAAGGGUUCCAACAUGGUUACAAGAAGACCAAUCGAGCUAACUCUCGUCAACACGCCGUCUUCCAGGGAGGAGUACGGUGAAUUUCCUGACCUUGGACUGAGGCACAUCACCGACUUCUCGUCAAUCCAGCGAACUCUGACCGACCUCAAUCUUGCCGUUCCAGACAGCCAGUGCGUCUCUGACGACCCAAUUCAUCUUACAGUUUACUCUCCGAACGUGCCCGAUUUAUCCCUUAUAGAUCUUCCCGGCUACAUCCAAGUCGUGGGACAAAACCAACCUCUUGAGUUGAAGCAGAAAAUUGCCGAGCUUUGCGAUAAGUAUAUUCAGCCACCCAAUGUCAUCCUCGCCAUCUCUGCUGCCGAUGUGGAUUUAGCGAACUCGACAGCGCUCCGAGCAUCUCGCAGAGUUGAUCCCAGGGGUGAGCGAACAAUCGGUGUGAUUACAAAGAUGGACUUGGUUCAUCCUACUCGUGGAGCAAACAUCCUGGAUGACAAGCAGUAUCCCUUGAGAUUGGGCUAUGUAGGAGUGAUCUCUAAGGCUCCCCAAAACCAAGGACUUUUCAAGAUGGGCAGCACCAACCGCCUUGAUCAAAUUCUCAAGCAGGAAAAUGCCUUCUUCAAGGCUCAUGCCGAGGAGUUCGGUCCUGGGGCUGAUAGUAUGCUCGGAACCUCCACACUCCGCAAGAAGCUUAUGCAUGUACUGGAGCAGACAAUGUCUGCAAGCCUGCAAGGCACUAGCGAUGCCAUUCGACAAGAGCUUGAGGAAGCUACAUACGAGUACAAGGUUCAGUACAACGACCGCCACCUUACGGCCGCGGAGUAUCUUCAAGAGAGUUUGGAUGCCUUCAAGCACUCUUUCAAGCAAUUUGCUGAGGAGUUUGGGCGCCCUCAAAUGCACGAGCUUCUCAAACAGGAGCUGGACCAAAAGGUCCUCGAUUUGCUUGCGGCUAGGUACUGGAACAAGCCCUUUGGGGAUCUCUCGCCAGUGAAUCCCGACCUCGACAGCCUAGCAGAUCUCCCCAAAGCGCCUGCAGACUCUCUUUACUGGCACCGACAAUUGGAUGCGUCUGCGUCCGCGCUUACGAAGCUCGGUGUUGGACGUUUGGCCACAACUGCAGUUGCAUCUUCCAUUCAAGCCCAUGUUGAGUCCCUUAUCAGCAAUUCCAGUUUCGCCAACCACCCUUUUGCUCGUCAGACCAUCAUGGAAUCCGCCUCGACUAUUCUUAACGAAAGAUUCUAUAGCACCAGCGACCAAGUGGAAAACUGCAUUAAACCCUAUAAGUUCGAGAUCGAACUCGAGGAAAGAGAGUGGACCAAAGGACGUGAUCACGUUGGUGGUGUGCUCAAGAAGGAGCUUGAGGAUUGCGAGAAGGCCAUCAAGAAGCUUGAAGACAGUGUCGGUGGAAGACGAAAGGUCAAAGAAGUCAUAAAUUAUAUUGACAAAGCCCGCAAAGGCGAGGUCGUCGUCGAGGGUGAUAACCGUAGCGGCGCCGGUGGUUUCAGCGCCGCUCUUCUGAGCAAGGGGCGUGAGGCUGUUUUCCUGCGCGAUAGGGCCGAUAUCAUUAAGAUGCGUCUGCUUGCUGUCAAGUCGAAGCAAUGUGCCGACCCUAAGAACAAGUAUUACUGCCCCGAGGUUUUCCUCGAUGCUGCUGCCACAAAGUUGGCGUCUACUGCCGUUCUCUUCCUUAAUGUAGAGUUGCUUUCCGAAUUCUACUAUAGCUUCCCUCGACAGCUAGAUUCCCGUCUUGGUCGCCAUCUAUCCGAAGAGGAUAUCGAGAAAUUUGCCAAGGAAGAUCCCAAGAUUCGUCGGCAUUUAGAGGUUAUUCGCCGAAAGGAACUGCUUCAGCUAGUCCUCGACAAAAUGGAGAGCUUAAGAGAACUUGAUGGUCGCGAACGCCAGCAAACGAAAUCUAGCGCUAGAAAGGACCACAAGCAGGGUCGCUGGGGCCUCUUCUAA